AUGGCGGGUCCACAACGAGGCUCGCGCGUCGUCUUCGUCGGCAACAUUCCAUAUGACAUGUCAGAGGAGCAGCUCACCGACGUCUUUCGAGAGGUCGGCAAGGUGGUCGGAUUCCGUCUGGUCAACGAUCGUGACACUGGCAAAUUCAAGGGCUACGGCUUCUGCGAGUUCGAGGACCCCGAGACGGCCGCAUCCGCGGUGCGAAAUCUGAACGAGGUCGAAGUGGGCGGACGUCCUCUGCGUAUCUCUUUCGCUGACAUUGAUCCGCUCAUGGAAGGGCGAACGACGCAACACGGAAACUUUGACCAGGACGACCUUCGGAGGAGAGCUGCAGCGGCAGGACGUGCCGGUCGACCAGGGACUUUUGGUCAUGCUGGUGGACCAGGUGGACCACCAAGAGGCGGAGGAGCUGUCUGUGGUGGCUGGCAACAGCGCGGUCCCGCGGAUGGCGGAUUCGGGCAGAGGCAAUUUGGCGGCCCGCCGGGUGGACAGCCAUACGGUGGACCUGGAGGCCCUCCGAUGGGUGGCCCUCCGGGUGGCUUUGGCGGCGUACCGAGCGGCGGCGCGUAUACGCUGCCUCCGAAUCUUCCCGCUGGCGUUCCUCUUCCAGCCGGUGUUGGCUCGACAGAUGCCAUUACAGAGACGCUCGCCACGCUGCCACCCAAUCAGCUGCUGGACAUCAUGAGCCAGAUGAAGUCGCUCGUAGCAAGCUCACCUGAACAAGCGCGUGCUUUGCUCACGGGGCAUCCGCAGCUCGCCUACGCUCUCUUUCAGGCGAUGUUGAUGAUGAACGUCGUCGAUCCUGACAUUCUGCAGCGCAUUCUGGCUGCUUCGGGUGCGGUCCCUGGCGCUGCUGCGCCUCCACCCAGCGUUCCCCCACACAUGCAGCAGCAACCCACCAACAACAACGGCUCCGCCACGCCUCCUCAGCACUACGGCGGUGCCCCACCAGGCGGACGCUACCCACCCCAAGCACGACCACCACCGGCACCGUACGCUCAGCCCGGAUACGGCGGCCAACCACCUGCGCCGGCUAACAACGACCCAGCAGCAGCACUGGCAGGCCAAAACCUCCCCGAAGAGCAGAAGGCGCUCCUCAUGCAGGUGCUCCAACUGACACCGGAUCAGAUCAACGCCCUGCCUCCCGACCAAAAGGCCAGCAUCUUGCAGCUCAAGGCUCAGUUCGGACAGGCUUGA